AGAGCGCAGGCGGAGGCUGACAGGCGCUCCUCCCUGGACACCGGCAAGGCGGGCGGCCUCCAGCUCGCGUGUCUGCGACCCGGACCGUGAGGCUCCAGGUCCGUGCCGGGGCAUGGAAGAGGGGAAGAUGGAUGAGAAUGAAUGGAGGUACCACGGCGAAGGCAACAAGAGCCUGGUGGUAGCCCACGCGCAGCGCUGUGUAGUGCUACGUUUUCUGAAGUUUCCUCCAAAUAGGAAGAAGACCUCGGAAGAGAUACUUCAACACCUGCAAAACAUAGUGGACUUUGGCAAAAAUGUCAUGAAAGAGUUUUUGGGGGAGAACUAUGUUCACUGUGGGGAAGUUGUUCAGCUGCCUUUAGAAUUUGUGAAACAGCUGUGUUUAAAGAUACAGUGUGAAAGACCAGAAUCUCGUUGUGACAAGGAUCUAGACACACUCAGUGGUUAUGCUAUGUGCCUUCCCAACCUAACCAGACUUCAGACCUACCGCUUUGCAGAGCACCGGCCAAUUCUGUGUGUGGAAAUUAAGCCAAAAUGUGGGUUCAUUCCUUUCUCAAGUAAUGUUACCCAUGAGAUGAAGCAUAAGGUGUGUCGCUACUGUAUGCACCAGCACCUCAAGGUAGCAACUGGAAAGUGGAAGAAGAUAAGUAAAUACUGUCCCCUUGAUCUCUACUCAGGAAACAAACAGCGCAUGCACUUUGCCUUGAAGAGUCUGCUGCAGGAGGCACAGAACAAUCUGAGGAUAUUUAAGAAUGGUGAGCUGAUCUACGGUUGUGGUGAUGCCCGGAGUCCUGUAGCUGACUGGAGGGAACUUGCGCACCACCUGAAGCCCUUCUUCUUCCCCUCCAAUGGCCUGGCCAGUGGCCCCCACUGCACGAGGGCUGUGAUCCGGGAGCUGGUGCAUGUUAUCACGUGGGUGCUGCUGAGCAGCUCCGACAAGGGCCGAACCAGUGCCCUGAGGCCUGGGCUUCAGGGCCCACGUGUCUGUGAAGCCAGCCCUUUCAGCAGGAGCUUUCGCCACCAAGGAAAAAACACCCCAGAGCACUCGGGGUUACCGAAGGGCUGUCUUCUGUACAAAACCCUCCAGGUGCAGAUGUUGGACCUGCUGGACAUUGAAGGCCUCUACCCUCUGUACAACCGGGUUGAGCAGUACCUGGAGGACUUUCCUGAGGCGAGAAAAACAUUACAAAUAGACGGGCCUUAUGAUGAAGCGUUUUAUCAGAAGCUGCUUGAUGUGUCCACUGAGGACGAUGGGACAGUGGCCUUCGCAUUAACGAAGGUGCAGCAGUACCGAGUUGCCAUGACCGCCAAGGACUGCUCCAUCAUGAUUGCGCUUUCCCCAUGUCUGCAGGAUGCAAGCUCUGACCAGAGGGCUAUUGUCCCCUCAUCACGGUCCCGGCUGGCCUUCUCCGUGUCUGUGCUGGACCUUGACCUCAAGCCCUAUGAGAGUAUUCCUCACCAGUACAAACUGGACGGCAAGAUAGUCAGCUAUUACUCAAAGACUGUGCAUGCCAAAGACGAUGCUAUGAUGUCAACUAGGUUCAAGGAGAGCGAAGACUGCACGUUAGUUCUCCAUAAGGUCUAAUGUCUGCUCCUGCAGCGUCUCCGAAACUUGAAUGUGAAGGUUGAACGAUAGAGCUAUUUUCUAUUUUGUUGGGUGACUUUUGGCUGUGAAUGUUUUCAUUUUUAACCCAUUGAGGUGAGAUUGCGUCUUGGAGAUAAGGAUUUGAAGAGCACUAGAAACAUAUUCCAGGAUAAGGAGUGUAGGAUGUGCAUGCAAGUCCCAGGAAGCCGCCCGUGUUCUUAAAACAGAAGCAUCCGUUAAGCCCUGGGAAGACAUCCUGGGUAGUUCUUCCUUCCAACCAGGGCUCACGUCUAAAUAUCUUUUGUAAGACCCAAGGUUUGGAUCUCCUACCACCAGACUGACGUAGAAAACUUGAAUUGUCACACCAUCUGAUGGUUUGGACUUUUGAGAAAACAUGGAUACUACUGGAACUGUCCCAGAUGUUACUGGUCACUUUUUCAAUGCAAGCCACACAUCAACACAGGCUUUAGGCAGUUCCCUGCUGCAGAUAUUGACCAGGAGGUAGUGUGGACAUUGGUUCCGAGUGGUCUAGACUCAGGGUCCCUGUGUAGGUGCUGAAGCCACGGCUCUGUGAAGGGUCAACAGGGAGUGUGAGACUCAGGUCAGGAUGGACACCACUCACACGAGCAUUGACUUUCUGUUUUUGCUUUAUGAUUUUAACUCUAGGGGGAGAUAAGGCGUUCUUUCCUACCUGAAAUUGCUGCUGUAGAAGCUGGAAGCAGAGCUGUACUGCGCAGAGCUGCUGUGGCCAGCUGGGGCGGGUAUGCAGACAGCCCAGAGUU